AUGCCGCCAAAGCCAUAUGUUGAUAUGAUCAAUGUUAAUCUGACCGGGUUGCUCUACACAGCAACUCUUGCCGCGUACUACUGGAAUCUGCAAGGACCACCAGCACCUGAACAGGACAAAGUCUUCAUCGUCGUUGCGACGAACAUUGCAUAUUGCCCUAUGCCAGGUUUUGUGGGGUAUUCUGCGUCCAAGAUGGGCGCUCGUGGUCUUUGGAAGAGUCUUCGCGAAACCGACCAAUUCAAAACUUCGUGCAGAACAAAUCUGCUGGCACCACAUAUUGUGCGCAGUCCGAUGACCGCUGGUACUCAGCCUAUCUUCGAUGCAGCAGGACGAGCAAUCCAGGUCAAUCCGAGCAAGGCGUUUGAUCUUCACGAUGAUAUGGCCGAUAUGGAUGGUGCCAAGUGCUUCAAGGAGCAUUGGGAAAACGAGACAAAAUUCGUGUGGGACGUCUUCAGCAACUCAGCGCAGAUGUCCAUGUAG